AGCGGGAAAAUAUUAUUACAAAUGGGAUUUCGGUGGGUGUAGAGAUGGACAACUGCAGAAAUGAGAACAUAGACGAUACUCUUCAUCACCGAAUUAUAAUUUCAUUAUUAGUGAGCAACAUAUACCAGUCCCCUCUCCAGGAGGGUCAGGGGUCAGGGUCGCAGAGUCCCGGAGACUUGUGGUUAAUUAUAAUAAUUAAAUAUGAGGUUCUGUUUAAAUGAACGAAUGUCUGGACCUGCUCCGUGUUAACAAGAACAUCUACCCAAAAGCUGAGUGUUCUGGCUGAGAGAGAGAGAGAGAGCGAGAUGAAAAAAAAAAGAAGAAAAAAAAAAUCUCUUCACGCUUUUGCAUGUGACGCAUGCGCACUCAGGAAUCCAACUGGCUCGCGUUAAGUCGAAGCAGACGGACGUGAUCGAGCCCCCCCCAAACAAUCACCUGUAUUCUGGCAUUCAUGGUGACACAUCCAUGGGCUCAGAGCGGGUGGAGAUGCGAAAGAGACAGAUGCAGGUUCAUCAGGAAGCAGCUGCCAGUGUCCUCCAAGCCAGCCAGAGAAUGGGAAACACCCCGGCCAACGCCUCCAACGCCUGCUGCUUCUGCUGGUGCUGCUGCUGCAGCUGCUCCUGUUUGACCGUCAGAAGCGAAGAUGAAACGAUCCAGAGGACGACCUUCGAACGCAGGACUGAGGGAACGACCAACUGUGAAGAAAACCCAAAGCCUUCUCGGGAGGACGCCCUCUCCUGGGGCAUUUCGUUUGAGAGGGUGAUGAAAAGCGCGGCCGGUCGCAACUGUUUCAGACAGUUCCUGCAGACGGAGUUCAGCGAGGAGAACAUGAUGUUCUGGCUGGCCUGCGAGGAGCUGAAAAUGGAGACCAACAAGACCGUGGUGGAGGAGAAGGUCAGGCAGAUAUACGAGGACUUCAUCUCCAUCCUGUCGCCUAAAGAGGUCAGCCUGGACUCCCGAGUCAGAGAGGUCAUCAACCGCAACAUGCUGGAGCCCACCUCGCACACCUUUGAGGACGCCCAGCAGCAGAUCUACACCCUGAUGCAGAGAGACUCGUACCCUCGUUUCAUCAACUCCACGACGUACACAGAUCUGCUGAAGAGCCUGGAGGAACCUUCUCCUCCUCCUCCUCCUGCUGCUGCUACUCCUGCUCUUCCUCCUCCUCCUCCUGAGCCAUAAACUGCUGCUGCCCACACACAAUUACACACAAUUACACACACACACACAAUCUUAGCUUUUAUAAAACGGCGCAUGCGUCCCACCAGAAAGGAGUUGUUCCUGUGUUCCUGCCGAUGGGAGUCGUGGUGUUUAGAGAAAACUUCUAUAACUUAAACCCAGCUGAUCAUGUUCCCACCAUUGACCGACCAAAACCCAUGGAGCAACAAGAACAAAGGCUUGGUCCAGCA